AGUUCUCAUACGUGCCGGAGUGAACGUGAUAGAACAGUACAAGGUGGUAGAGGGAGCGACCAGGAUAGCAUACAGACCGUUCUGAGCUCAGCGAUCAGAGCAUCCCUAAGAUCUAAACUUAGAGGACCAUGGGAGGUGUGGUGGUGGACGAGGGACCUGGGGGGGUGAAGGCACCAGACGGGGGGUGGGGCUGGGCUGUGCUGUCCGGCUGUUUCGUCAUCACUGGGUUCUCCUACGCCUUCCCCAAGGCUGUCAGCGUGUUCUUCAAGGAACUGAUCAGAGAGUUCGAAGUGGGGUACAGCGACACAGCAUGGAUCUCAUCUAUACUGCUGGCUAUGCUCUACGGCACAGGUCCUCUGUGCAGUGUGUUGGUGAAUCGUUACGGGUGUCGUCCAGUGAUGAUGGUGGGGGGACUUUUUGCCUCUCUGGGGAUGAUUCUGUCGUCCUUCUCCACCAGCAUCAUCCACAUCUACUUGUCUACUGGAGUCAUUACAGGUCUGGGCUUGGCGUUGAACUUCCAGCCGUCUCUGAUCAUGCUGAAUCGCUACUUCAGUGAGAAGAGGCCCCUGGCUAACGGCCUGGCUGCUGCUGGGAGCCCUGUGGCCCUCUGCUGCUUAUCACCUCUGGGACAGCUGUUGCAGUACCAGUACGGUUGGAGAGGAGGCUUCCUCAUCCUGGGGGGGCUACUGCUCAACUGCUGCGCUUGCGCGGCCCUCAUGAGGCCCCUAGUGGCCCCUCCUAAAACCCCCCAGCUGGAACUGGAAGAUGUAGAGAAGGAGGUGAAAGAGUUGGAGGUAGAGAAGACCCCGUCCAAACCCAAACCGCUCCUGGACUUCAGUGUGUUUAAGGAUAGGGGUUUCCUGAUCUACACCGUAGCUGCGUCUAUUAUGGUUCUGGGUCUGUUUGUGCCGCCGGUGUUCGUGGUGAGUUAUGCCAAAGAGCUGGGCAACGAAGACACGAAGUCGGCCCUCCUCCUAUCCAUCCUAGGCUUCAUAGAUAUCUUCGCCCGGCCCACCUGUGGCAUCAUCGCUGGGCUGAAGUGGGUCAGACCCAGAGUUGUUUACCUGUUCAGCUUCGCCAUGCUCUUCAAUGGAUGCACUGACCUGGUGGGAUCUCAGGCGAAGGACUACCCGUCUCUGGUGGUGUUCUGUGUGUUCUUCGGCAUCUCCUACGGCAUGGUCGGGGCGCUACAGUUUGAGGUUCUCAUGGCGAUCGUUGGCACGGAGAAAUUCUCCAGCGCUAUAGGGCUGGUGUUGCUCAUGGAAGCUAUUGCUGUGCUGGUGGGACCACCUGGAGCAGGUCGGCUGCUGGACGCCACUAAGAACUACAUGUACGUGUUCCUGCUGGCAGGAAUUGAGGUGGUUAUUGCCGCCGUUGUCCUCGCCACAUGUAACUUCCUGUUCAUCAGGAAGAAGCCCUCGGAACCCGCCGCGGAACUGGAGAACGGAACGGUUUCCGCGGAAAUGGAGCUUCUCAACAAGCCUGUUGCCGCUGAGGAAGAGGAGGAGGAGGAAGUAGAGAAGGGGGAGAAAGAGGAGGUGAAGGAGAUGAAGGAGGAGAAGGAGAAAGAGGAGGUGAAGGAGAUAAAGGAGGAGAAGGAGAAAGAGGAGGUGAAGGAGAUGAAGGAGGAGAAGGAGAAAGAGGAGGUGAAGGAGAUAAAGGAGGAGAAGGAGAAAGAGGAGGUGAAGGAGAUGAAGGAGGAAGCGGUUGAGAAAGCGAAGGAGGACGAGGAGGACAGUGAGAAAAAGGAGGAAGAGAAAGAGAAGGAGGAGAUCAGGCCUGAGAGCGUAAUGGUGGUCUCAGAAGUGGAGCGCUUCAUUAAAGAACCAGAAGAACAAAAUGGCGAUGUGCUCUCCAAUUCUGAGACACGUCUGUAGGAGGAAGAGAACCUGGCACAGGACAAACUACAGACUUUACACUUAAACACUACCAAGGGCACUUUAAAGGGCACAAAGAAAUGUACUCCGCAGUGUACUUUGUGAACUUUGAAGGGCACUAAAAAGUGUACUUAGAAGUGGGCCAAGAAAGUGCUUAGAGAAGCAUACUGGGGAAGACGGAGCUGGUCCUAGCAGUAUUCUCCUGUAUGUAGUUGAGGUGUUGUUGUGUUGUUAUGUUGUUGUGUUGUUGUGUUGUGUAGCUGUUCUCUGUGGGGCUGUGUGCCAUAUCAACACCAAUAACACACACACACACACGCACACACAAUCGUAAAGUGAAACUGAUAAAUGUCAAGUGAAUUACCGUGCUAAUAUUGUUGUGCCCUGCCGUGUGAAUUGUGAAGCUACCAGUGUGUAGUGCUGCAGGGCGAUAUGGUAUACACCAUGUUGUUGUCUGUAAUAAUAUGGAAUCCUUCCUACCACUGUUACUCUGGAGCACAACAUUACAAGUGUUCCGGAACUUUAACCAAACCCAGUGUGGAACAUUCCGCUGUCAUUCAACAUUCCGUUGAGUGGCAGAAUGAGGAAUGAAUGGAUAGAUACCUGGCUAUUGUCAUAUGCAUAUCAUUUCACUCAGAGCUUCGGCACAGAUGUUUAAAGGUAUAGUGAUGUUGAACGGUUGAAUUUCACUCUGUAACCUUGUAGAGACUGUAGACUUUAUUAGACUAGGACACACAGAGAGAGAGGCCAAUGAGAACACCAGACUAGUAUCCUUGGUUACCUCCCUAAUAGCACCCAGAGAGAGGUACUAUGUUUGUUUCAGUGUCAUAACAUUAACUAUGAUGACAGAAAUAGGUCACACUGUUUCUAGAUUUCACAGUUUAAUCUGUAGAUGCAGCGUGUGAGUCCCAAAUGGAACUCUACUCCCUAUAUAGUGCACUACUUUUUACCAGGGCCCAUAGGGCUCCCAUAGAGCUCUGGUCAAAACUAGUGCACUAUAUAGGGAAUAGGGUUCCAUUUGGAACAGACAUUAUUAGGUCUGGCAGAACUAGCUGACAGAAACCAUUCAGUCCAGAGAAACCAAUGACAUCCCAUGCAGAUCUAAAACACAGAACUUUAAAAAAAUGUAUUGAUACUUUUAUUAUGUCAGUAUUUGUUAAGAAUGGCGAAUAGCCUCUCCGUUUCAUGAGAAGUCAUAUUUAUGUACUUCCUGGUUCACUGUGUGUGUGUUCUGUUUUCUAAGUGCUACAUGUUAACUGGUAAAGACAAUGUUACGUAGAGGUGUGGCUAUUAUUUCACCUUGGAAGCAUCCCAAAUGGCACUAUAUUCCCUAUAUAGUGCCCUACUUUUGACCACAGCCCUAUGGGAGCCCUAUAUAGUGCACUAGUUUUGACCAGAGUCCUAUGGGAGCCCUAUAUAGUGCACUAGUUUUGACCAGAGCCCUAUGGAACCCUAUUCCCUACGUAGUGCACUACUUUUGACCAGAGCCCUAUGGAACCCUAUUCCCUACGUAGUGCACUACUUUUGACCAGAGCCCUAUGGAACCCUAUUCCCUACGUAGUGCACUACGGGCCCUGGUCAAAAGUUGUAUUUAUUUAUUUAACUAGGCUAGUCAGUUAAGAACAAAUUCUUAUUUACAAUGACGGCCCAAACCCGGAUGACGCUGGGCCAAUUGCGCACCGACCUAUGGGACUCCCAAUCACAGACGGUUGUGAUACAGCCUGGAAUCGAACCAGGGUAUGUAGUGACGCCUCUAGCACUGUGAUGCAGUGCCUUAGACCGCUGCGCCACUCAGGAUCCCCGAAAGGGACUAGGGUCCCACAAGGGUGCACAGUCACUUUAACUCUACCUACAUGUACAUAUUACCUCAAUUACCUCACUAACCUGUGCCCCCGCACAUUGACUCUGUACCGUAACACCCUGUAUAUAGCCUCCACAUUGACUCUGUACCGUAACACCCUGUAUAUAGCCUCCACAUUGACUCUGUACCGUAACACCCUGUAUAUAGCCUCCACAUUGACUCUGUACCGUAACACCCUGUAUAUAGCCUCGCUACUGUUAUUUUAUUAUUGCUCUUUAAUUAUUUAUUUAUGAAUUUUCUACUUCAGUUUAUUUUAGUAAAUACUUUUUUCACACUUAUUUUUCUUAAAACUGUAUUAUUGGUUAAGGGCUUGUAAGAAUUUCACUGUAAGGUCUACUACACCUGUUGUAUUCGAAGUACGUGACAAAUAAAAUUUGAUUUGAUUUGG